GCGUGCUCUGGUCCAUGGGGUCACGAAGAAUUGGACACUACUAAACAACAACAACAAUGCCAUGAAAGCCUACGAGGAUCCCUUCCUUGGGAAUCGUGGGGUUGACAUUCUUUUUGCACAGCGUGCUGCAUCUUACGAUUUUCCCAUUGCAUUCUCUGCUGUUUGGGACACAGAAUGGUUUCGCGCGACAGCUGAUUUGCAAGUGCAUUGUUGAGGGGUAUCAAAGAAGAGCUACAGUGGGGAGAUUAGAAGAUCAUUGACUUUUGCAGGAUUGUUAGGCCUCUGGCCCGGGUGAGCGGACCCCGAGGGGGCCUGCUGCGCGCGCCUGGUUGCCCCUGCUUUCCUCCUCCUCAGCAAGCGCGGCAAAACUCUUCGCCGGCCAGGAGAACCUCCCCCUGCCUCCCGCUAGCUCAAGUCACACCCCAGCGAAGGGGAAAAAAAAAACCUUCACGAAGCAGCCCCCCUCGGCUGGGGCUGAAAAUGAUUUUGGCACCGGCAGGCCGGGGCGACGCAGUGCGAAGCGGGGCACUCUUCCAACUUCUCCUCUCGCCUCCCCCCCCCCCAACCGCGAGAGCCAAGGCCAUCAGCAAGCGCUUCACGCGCCGACGCUUCCCAGAGGCUCCUCGCGCGCCUGCCCGGGCUCCGGGUCCCGGCGCGCGCGCGUCCCCACCAUGCAGACGGCCAAGGUAUGGGUGCUUGCCUGCCUUCUCUUGUGUGGACUCCCUUACCCAGGAUUAGAGACUUUCAAGGUAAGCAAGCGCCCACUGCGUGCUCGAACCUGCGCUGACCGGCCUGAAGAGCUUCUGGAGCAGCUGUAUGGGCGUCUCACAGCAGGGAUGCUCAGCGCUUUCCAUCACACCUUGCAGCUGGAGCCUCUGGAAAAAGAUCACAAUACCAGUUGUCCAGCAGGGGGCAGAUCAGCUGCAGACAAGGUAUACCGACUCCCUAUCAACCUCAACAGCGUCUCUCCUUGGUCCUACAGAAUCUCCUAUGACCCAGCAAGGUAUCCAAAGUACAUCCCCGAAGCCUAUUGCCUAUGCAAGGGCUGCCUGACUGGUGUUUACGGGGAGGAGAACUUCCACUUCCGGAGUGUCCCGGUGCUAAUGCCAACAGUCAUCUUGCGCCGAACCACGACGUGCACCGGAGGACGCUAUGUCUACACAGAGGAUUAUGUCACUAUCCCAGUGGGCUGCACCUGUGUACCACAGGUACAUGAAAAAGAAGUAGAUGGUGUAAAUUCCAGCAUAGACAAGCAAGGGGUAAGGUUACUCGUUGAAUCGUAACAGCAAGCCACCAUCAGAAUGAAGGCCCCAGAAGAAACCUGAUGGCAAAGGUUGCUUUGCAUGUCCUUUUAGCUUCGCCAUUCCCUGGUUCUGGGAGUUCUGGAGUCCAUUCGUAAACACACACACACCUGCAUGAUGAUGUGGGCUGCAGCCUGCAUCCAUGACUGAGCCAUUGGAGAACAGUCCAUAUGCACAGGACGUUUGUGCCAGCUCAAAUACAGUCCCCUUCAGUGCAGUCAGAUCAAUGUACCCGGCUGCGAGGCCCUUAUUUUUGAGAGGCCAGGUGAUGCUUUUGCACAUAUAGGGCCCACCCAUAGAAGCAGCGUGCUUUGAAAAUAUCAUUACAAACGUUGCGAAGACAGAAGCUGGAGGUGUGGUGGGACACAGUCCAGUGACACAGAGCCAUGAUGAGAUUUGAAGAAUCAUAAUGGGAGUGAGUUGCACAAAUUAAGAAAUCACGCCUGGAAAGUAGUUUUGGGGAUACAGUAGUGGUCCAGGAAAUAUGAGGCUUGUACCACCUAAUAGCUGCUAUAGAUAAAGGCAAAUGUUGGCUUUGCUCUGAAGCAGAACCAUUAUGUGUUGUCAUCACUGACCCCCUUCUGAGACUCACAUAUGCCCUGGGGUCUGUCAUGUCACACUGAAGCUUAAAGGUAGUGCAAGCAGCUCAUUUUUUAUCUGCUCCGAACAUCAAAUGAUAGGGGACUCCCUUUUGUCACAUCUUCUAAAUCCUUAAUGUAAAGGUCGCUGAAAGGGCUGUGUCUUUAAGAUAUGACCCUGAUGUUGGGAUUCUGGACUCCUGAUUAUUUUUGUUUCAGCUUUAAUUGUUACUUCUGUGUUCAAAGGAAGAAAACCUUUCACAAAAUAACAUUUCAAAAGCAGCGUCAGCAGACUCGCUGAAAAGGUAGCAUCCUCACACUGCAAAGCAGUAUCAGUCUACGAAUAGUUUACUCAAGGGGCAGGUGCGAAAUAUAGAGAAGUGAAGAACUUUACUGCUGGCGUUAACGAGGAGUAAAGUACUGGUGUUUUUCCAGUUUACAGCUCAGCUGUUGAUCAGGGCAGUAUUGUAUAUGCCGCAAAUGCACACCAACCCUAUACAAUAUACUCUCGCUCACAUAACAUCAUGGAAAGAGAAGUCUCGGCUUGAAAAACAGUCUGGUUUAUGACCCCUUUCAAAAGUGUGGAAACAUGCCAGUUGCCUUUUUAAGCUGUUCUUAGCUUUCAGCUUACAAGCCAGUUAUCAGUUUUAGAUUUUUCAGGCUGCAGGAGCCUUUGGGAAUAACAAGGAUGAUGAGAGAUCAGAUAAAUGAAACCAAACUGCUUGGCCAAAGGGGGGGGGGUGUGCCUUGGCUUCCAUCAGUGAGAGAGGAAAGCAUCUGCCAAAUUAAAUGAAUGUAUGAGCCAAGAGCUCUAAACAGCAAAGGUUCAGAAAACUCUGUAAGCUGGAGGCAGUUGCCUCUUUAAACUCCCAAAGCUGUUGGCUCAAUUUACAGGGUUAAUUCUGUCUAUAACUCCUUUCUCCGCAACUUCCUACACUGAAAGCACCAUCCUUUAUGGAUAUUCUGUGGCUAUUUCCCAAGUCACCCAUUCCACUUGGUGAGAGUGAGCCAUGGUUUUUUAAUGCGUAAUGUUAGCAAACAUCAAUAGGUUACCAAAUUGUAAAGGUAAAGGGACCCCUGACCAUUAGGUCCAGUCGCGGAAAACUCUGGGGUUGCGGCACUCAUCUCGCUUU